UUAUCCAUGAAAUUAUCCAAUCCAACCCAAAAGCUGUUUUCACAGACCGCAUGUUUGCGUUCUGCUUCUGCAUAUUGCUGUAACUUGUGUCCCACAUCCUAUUCAACGUGUUGUUUUGCUGAGUUGGUUUAUGCAUUUAUGCGCUGAGAAUGCGGGUCCAUUCAAAAGCGAGCAAUGUCAAACUUCCUAAGGAGCUUAUGCGCUUCAGGAAGCUGCACAAAUUAAAGCUCAAAGCCAAAAAAGCCAACAAACCUCCCCGAGCUGGCGGCGUUCGGCCAGGAGAUGAAGAUCUCAUCCAUCAACACACAGUUCGAAGGAGAAGGGGGACAAACCCGAUGGCACCUAUCAGCCUUUCCGGGAAGAAACGUAACAAGGAGUUGAAGAGGCUCAGGCACCACCAGAAAGAUACAUUUGAGAAAAGAAAGCUUCAAGAAACGCUAGAGAGAUCCCGAGCAGAGGGUAGGAUGAAGGCAAGAGAAAAAGCCGAGAGAAGAAAGGCCAGGAGAGCUGCAAAAUUGCAGGCGUUGAACACGUCGACAGCUGAUGUUGAAAUGCAACCAGCUGACGGUGCUGGCAACAACGAGUAAUACAGUGAGGAACAAAAGUA